ACUUCCCAUUUCUUUUACACCCCAAUCUCACCCUCUCCAUCUCUCUCUCUCAAGCUCUAAACUCAAUGGUAAUGGGCACUUAAUAGUAGCACUAAUACUAGCUACUGUUUUAGCAGCAGCAUCCAAGCCCAAUCAAAUCAAGCUGCCUCACUGAAAGUCUGAAACUGGCCAAUCAGAGAGCUCCUGCAAAAACAACCCUGAAACUACUCUGGUUUGCUAUCAUCCAGCUAGAUUCUGUUGCCUCCUAACAUCGUCGUUUCGCCGCCGUCACUUUGCUCGAAUCAUCAGAGCUCUAGGGCUACCUGCUAAUUAACCAUAGCCAUGGGGAUUAUUAACUGGAUGCAGAAUCGACUCAGUACUGCUAAACAAGACAAGAGACGAACUGAAGCUGCUGCUGUGGCCUCGUCAGCUCGCAGACGAGGAGGAGGGGGAGGAGAGAGUUGCCGCCAAGAAGAAGCUCGCGACGAGAUCAAGAUCGCCGGAGAUCACCUCCUCUCCAUCGGCACGCUCGGGAACGAGUCGCCGCCGCGACCGCCGGCGGCGGCGGCGGCGACGGCGGCAGAGGAGGUGGCGGACUUCACCAUCGAGGAGGUGAAGAAGCUGCAGGAGGCGCUGAACAAGCUGCUCCGGCGAGCCAAGUCCACCAAGUCCGGCAGCCGCCGCGGCUCGACGGCGGCGGAGCACGACGCCGACGAGCGCUCCUCCUCCUCCUCCUCCUCCGGCAGCCAGCUGCUGCUGCCGCUCGACAGGUUCCUCAACUGCCCCUCCAGCCUCGAGGUCGACCGGCGCGUGGCGGCGGCCGACGGCGAGUUCUCGCCGGACACGCAGAUCAUCCUCAGCAAGGCGCGCGACCUCCUCGUCAACACCAAUGGCGGCGGCGCCAUCAAGCAGAAAUCCUUCAGGUUCCUCCUCAAGAAGAUGUUCGUCUGCCGCGGCGGCUUCUCGCCGUCGCCGGCGCCGCCGCCCACCUUGAAGGAUCCAGUCGAAUCAAGAAUCGAAAAGUUGUUCAGGACGAUGCUUCACAAGAGGAUGAACGCUCGACCGAGUAAUGCUGCGGCGUCGUCGUCGAGGAAAUACUAUCUUGAGGAUAAGCCGAGGGAGAAGAUGCAAAGGGAGCAUCUCCAUGAUGAUGAAGAUGAUGAUGAGAAUGCAGAAGAUAUCUUUAAAUGGGACAAAACUGAUUCAGAUUUCAUUGUUCUGGAGAUGUAGACCGAGACGCACGAUUCAAUGCGAUCAUUAUUGUUUGCACAAUGACUACAUGAUGGUGGCCUGGUGUCCUGAUUUACGCGGAGGAAAAUUCGCAGUAAUUUUGAUGCCACAAUAAUCCCCAUUUGUUCAUGAGGUUCAGUUGAAUGGCGAAUCGAUCGCACGGGACAACAUACAGAACCGAAUGCGAUGCGCGACGGUGUAAUUCUGAACGAAGAUCAAACGUCGACUGGCUGGCUAGUUCAAUCAUUAUUGGAUUUGAGCUGAAAAUAGGAGAAAUUUUCAAGCUCUGUUAUCUUUUUCUUUUUUUCAGAUUUCAGAUACAGUUGGUGUACGUUUCACCAUAUAGUACUACUCCCCCCAAUGUAUACUCCAUUUCCAUUAAAUUUGUGGGAUACAGCAACAAGUUUUCAUUUCAUUUCA